AUCGGCGAGGAGCAGCUGCGGUGCUUCCGGGAGUGCCUGCAGGAGGCGCUGCGCGAGCACUACAAACACCACUGGUUCCCCACGGCGCCGACCAAGGGCUCCGGGUACCGGUGCAUUAGGAUCAACCAUCAGAUGGACCCGCUGAUCGGCAAGGCGGCGGCGAUGAUCGGACUGAGCCACGAGAGACUCUUCCAGCUCUUGCCCAGCGAAUUGACUCUUUGGGUCGACCCUUUCGAGGUGUCCUAUCGGAUAGGCGAGGACGGCUCGAUCUGCGUCCUCUAUGAAAGCCCGCAGCCCGGGGCGAAGGCGAGCAAAGCCCUGGAGAGCAGGAGCAGCUGUAAGAAGUGGAGAACUGGCCGGUCCAGCCCGUCCGAGAGUUACAACAUGAUGACGGUUUCUAGUUAGAAGUUACUGUUCCUUGUACAGUUAUGUAUGUAUCCCAGUUCUGUGAUAAACUUAAUUGUAACUGAGGUCUUGACUCUUUUUUUUAUUUUUUAUUGGUAGCAGCGGUAGCUUUCACCCCGUAUCGUUCGAGUUGUACUGCCAAUCCUGUGUGGCCAAGGGCUAACGUGUAAGCAGUCCUUCAGUCUGCCUGUUACUCGGGAUCAUGUACUGUAAAUGCACUGUACAGCCAGCUGAUUGUUUUACACAUUUAUAUUUUCGAGGAAAUUCUGGUAUUUGUAAUAAAAAGCGACGUUGUAGCACUUCAUGGUGGAUUUUAGUCAAGAUUAACACUUUGUUUGAAAAAAAAAAAAAAACAGAAAAACAAACUCAAUUUGAAAGCAAUAACACAAAGGGGAUUAAAGCGGAAGCAGCGAGCUGCACAUCGAUCUCCACUGACUUGUCUGCACAGACUUUUCUCAGGGUCAUUCAAGUUUGGCUGCAGGGCACAAAUCACAGAAGUAUUUUUUACCUUUUUCAAAGCAUGUGUUUAUUUGGGAGCCGGGUUUCAUCACACCCCGACGUUCUGACAGAAGGGGUUGGGGAAUUUGUCUAUCUUAUUUCUAGUUAGCAAAGUAGAAUAAUAAAGACUUGCUCAAAGUGCUUUCGA